AUGUCCAAGCCAAAGGUGUACGUCGUCGGAGUCGGCAUGACCAAGUUUGAAAAACCUGGCAGUAGAGAUAACUUUGAUUAUCCUCAAAUGGCAGUUGAAUCUGUUACUAAAGCUCUUCAAGAUGCUAAAAUCCCAAUACAGAAAAUAGAUCAAGCAUGUGUUGGUUAUGUUUAUGGUGACUCUACUUGUGGCCAAAGAGCUUUAUAUGAAAUAGGAAUGACUGGAAUACCUAUUUAUAAUGUUAACAAUAAUUGUUCAACUGGAUCUACUGCCUUAUAUAUGGGUAAACAAAUAAUUGAAUCUAAAAAUGCUGAAUGUGUAUUAGUACUCGGUUUUGAGAAAAUGGAAUCUGGAUCAUUAACUGCCAAAUAUUUAGAUCGAACCAAUCCUAUGGAUAAACAUGUGACCAUAAUGGCCGAUUUAGUUGGCAUGGAUGCGUCUCCAGUAACAGCACAACUUUUCGGAAAUGCAGCUUUAGAAUACAUGAAAAAAAACGGAAUAAAACCUGAAACCCUUGCUAAAAUUGCUUAUAAGAAUCAUAAGCAUUCAGUUAAUAAUCCUUAUUCACAGUUCCAAAAAGAGUAUUCAUUAGAACAAAUUCUCGAAUCACCAAAAGUAUUUGGUCCAUUAACUAAAUUGCAAUGUUGCCCAACAUCUGAUGGAUCUGCUGCAGCUAUUCUAGCAUCUGAACAAUUUGUCAUUCAAAAUAAUCUUCAAGAUCAAGCUAUAGAAAUUGUUGGAAUGGAAAUGGCUACUGAUCCACCAACCACAUUCUCUGGCCAAACCUGUGUUCAAAUUGUAGGAUAUGACAUGACCAAAUUGGCAGCUGACAAAUUAUUCAGUAAAACUGAUAUCAAACCAGAAGAUGUUGAUGUAGUUGAGUUGCACGAUUGUUUUUCUGCUAAUGAACUAAUCACUUAUGAAGCAUUGGGUCUUUGUAUGCCUGGGAAAGCUGGAGAAUUUAUUGAAUCUGGGUCAAACACAUAUGGUGGAAAAGUAGUUGUGAACCCAAGUGGAGGUUUAAUAUCUAAAGGGCAUCCAUUAGGAGCUACAGGAAUUGCUCAGUGUAGUGAACUGUAUUGGCAACUACUUGGAAAAGCUGAUAAAAGACAAGUGCCUGGAGCCAAAAUAGCUCUUCAACAAAAUAUUGGUUUGGGUGGAGCUGUUAUAGUAGCCUUAUAUAAGCAAGGAUUCCCUAAAUCAUUGCCAUCCCCACAAAAAGUACCAGCCAAGCCAAAAACAGAUAAAGAUCCAACUAUAUUUAAAGUACACAAAGUAUUUAAAAUUCUUGAAGGAGCCAUGAUGGACGACAAAGAAAAUCUUAUUGAAAAAGUGCGUGGAAUAUAUUGUUUUAAAGUUACCAACAGCAGUGGAAAAGAAGGAAUGUGGAUUAUUGAUGCCAAAAAUGGAAAAGGGAGUGUUACAUUUUAUGGCACAGGUAAACCAGAUGUAACAUUCACAAUGAAAGAUGAUGAUGUCGUUGAACUGAUAUCUGGGACAUUGAAUCCUCAAAAAGCAUUUUUCCAAGGUAAAAUCAAAAUUCAAGGCAACAUGGGUUUAGCGUUAAAACUAGUUGACUUGCAAAAACUCAUGGGUCACAAAAUAGCUGAACUACGAUCAAAAUUGUAAUCCAAAAAUGUUAAGUUAAUUUUUAUAUACCAAACGUGUUAUUAUUAUUUUUUUUUAAGAUAAAAUGUUUUUAUAAACCAAUAUUUGGGAUGAUGUGGUGUUCUUUAAAUUAUUUUAUUAUGUGGUUCCGGUUAAAAUAUAAAUGUUUAAAUUGGUUAUUAUUUUAAAUUUUUAUAUGUGAUCUGUUGUUUAUUAUUGUAUUCCAUUGUUUACUGAUGUUUGAUAAAUGAAAAGAUAAUAAAAUUAUAAUUAGAUUUUAAGGAAA